AUGACCGAACGAAGAUAUUCCUCGCAGUACCAACAAUGGAACGAGGUGGCGCAGCCAUACCUCAACACGCACAAUUACCCCUCGAGCACCUAUCACUCCUCGGGCGGACACCAUUCCUCGAGCUCUGCGGUUCAGCACCCUGUCUACAACGACGAGAGCUCCUACUCGGCAACAUACUACCCGACGUCGACGAGUGGCACACAUUCCCCUGAUAGCCCCGUCUAUCCAUCGCCCAUUUCGUCGAGUGGGUCAGACGGCUAUUCGCGAUAUCAUGACCCGCCUCGACCAGAUUCUACGCGACCAAUGUCUCAUCAUCCAUAUUCGCAUUCACAGUCCUAUACAUACUCACCUUCGUCAUCUUCGCCACACCCGCCCAACCAUCCAUACGCACGCCCCCGCUCCCAUUCUCAGGCGUACCCAACACAUGAAACCAUAAGCCUUUCACCGCCUCAGAGCUCUCAUUACCACCAACAAAUACCCCUUUCCCCGGCAAUGCCCAACGCACAAUACCCAACCCCUCCAGCAAGACCGUUCGCAUGCGACCUCUGUGCACUUUCUUUCAACCGUCAGCACGAUCUGAAACGACAUCGCGAAACACAUACGGGCGAAAAACCAUUCCUAUGCAAUGGGGGAUGCGGGAAAACCUUUACACGGAAGGAUGCAUUGAAGCGGCAUCAGCUGGUCAAAGGUUGUGGCAAAGUCGAAGACGGUCGAUCGUGA